UUGUAAAUAGAAGACGUAAACGGUUUUUGGAAACAAAAUAACUAAUAGUUAAACAAUUUAAAGUAACAAUACCGACACAGCCGUCGCGUCGCGAUUAAAAGGAUUUUUGUUAUUGUGUAAUGUUUAUGAAGUGAAUCGAAUUAGAACAAUUUAAAACAAACAUGUUGCAACAGCAUCAGCAACCACCUCAACAAGGAUACUAUGAAUAUAAUCAUCCAAGUCCUGGAAGUUUAACAAAUUCAGACUCUUGCAAUACGACGCCAUUUUCAGUGAAGGAUAUUUUGAAUUUGGUUAAUCAAAAUGAACCAUACACUGGUUGCCAUAUGGAAAGCACCAGUCCAGCAGCCAAUUUGUACCACGACUAUGAUCGCUAUGCAGAUCCAUCCCUUGUUCCCCAUGGCUACAUCGCUCAAGGUCAGAUUUACUCAUCGUACGAAUACAACAAUAGUCCACAUCAUCCACAUCCGCAUCCACAUAGUCAUCAUCAUCCAUCCUUGCCAGCAUAUCAAUAUACCCCACAAUACUAUCCCACAGCAACUCCACAAGGAUUCACUUAUCCCUAUGCGGAUAUUCCCCAAAACAGUGGACAUGCGCAAGUCCUUUUGAAUGAUGGCACUUAUAUGAAACAGGAAGUAAUGCCAACGUCCUACGUUACCCCGUCACCAACGUUGGAUUUGAAUAGUUCAGCAGAAGUCGACGUAUGCGCAAGCAGAUCGUCGUGUCCUAGUUCGGAAAAGGAACCAGUGGCAACCCAAGUCAAUGAGAGUCCUUGCAAUGAAAUCACUUCGCAACAUGUGAAGGAUCUUGAGACGAUAUGUGAUUUUGAUGAUACCGAUGACACGGAUACAACACAACAGAAAGAUUCCACCCACGUGACAUCAUCACGUUCAGAAUUGCGCAAAAAUGGAAAACCUCGUGCGAAACGAAAGCCUCGUGUCCUUUUCUCCCAAGCUCAAGUCCUCGAGCUAGAACGUAGAUUUCGUCAACAAAAAUAUCUUACCGGUGCUGAACGUGAAGUUAUUGCUCACAAAUUAAAUCUAUCAGCGACACAAGUCAAAAUUUGGUUUCAAAAUCGACGUUAUAAAUCGAAACGAAUGGAAUGUGAUAAUGGAUGUGCUGAUCCUUCUAGUGCCUCAAAAUGCAGUCUUGAUUGGAAAAAGUAUCCAGUUGUUGGGGUAUACGAUUCGAAGAAACCAUCUACAAUAGAUGGAAUGACAAUGCAUAUGCAUGGGUCAGUUGGAAUUGUUCCAGUUGCAACAUCUUCAUCACAACCUCCACCAUAUCCUUCAAAUGGAGGUUUAAAGUAUGAAAUAUCAGGGAAUCAUGAAGCAGAUGUUCAUUUUGUGAAUGCCUAUGAACCGCCAAAAUCCUAUUGGCUUUAA